GGCGAUGUCCGGCUCCACCCCGACGCCGGGAGUCCUGCCGCCUGGCCCGGUGGGACGGCUGAGCUGUCGCCAUGGCGCUGCUGCUGGAGUACGAGUUCCGGACGCUGCCGGCCGACAAGCAGAUCGACACGGAGCCCUUCCUGGAGGCCGUCACGCACCUGCCGCCCUUCUUCGACUGCCUGGGCACCCCGCUUGUCUACGCCCCAGUGAAGGCGGACCUCUCCGGGAACAUUAAGAAAAUACGGGCGGUUUAUGAAUCAAACCCAACCAAGUUCAAAACCCUUCAGAACAUCUUGGAAGCGGAGAAGGAAAUGCACGGGUCAGCCUGGCCGAAAGUGGGGGCCACCUUGGCCCUCAUGUGGCUGAAGAGGGGACUGAGGUUCAUGCAGACCCUCCUGCAGAGCCUUUGCGAUGGGGAGCAGGACAAGGAGAACCCCAACCUCAUCCGUGUGAACGCCCUCAAGGCCUACGAGGUGGCCCUGAGGAAGUACCACGGCUGGCUGUUGCAGAAGCUCUUCCUGGGCUCCGUCUACGCCCUCCCCUACAAGUCGGACCUGCUGAAGGCGCUGGAGAAAGGCAAGGAGGUCAAGGAGGAAGAGACCUUUGAGAAGAUCCACCAGUUCUUGUCCAAAGCGACACCCAUCCUGGACACCAUCUACGAGAUGUACGCCAAAAUGAACGCGGAGCUGAGCUACAAAGCUUGACCAGGCCCUCCCCUCCUCUGCCAGCCUGGGCCCCUCCUUUGCCUCCCCUCCCUCCCUCCCUCCGCUCUGCAGCCCAGCAAGUGCCUUCCAGCCCUCCAGCCCUCUGCCUAGACCGAAGACUGGCCCAGGCUGAUGGGCUUUGGUGCUCUUUUGUGGCCUUUCUCUAGUGGCCUUUCUCCUUCUAGGGACACAAGGGGGGAGGCAGCAGCCCUGCCCUGCUCCCUGGGGCUGCCUGCCAGGGGGAACCCGUCUUCCUCUGAGCUUUGGGCAGCACCCCAUGGACCCCAGUUGCGCCCCAGGACUGGCUAGUGCCCCAACAGCCCACAAGCCGUGCCAGGAGGGCAUGCAAAGCAGGGGAGCUUCACCCCUCAGGAGGCAACUUACUGGCAUUGGGGCCAUGGUGGGCUUCCCUUGCCUCCUCCUGGGUGGCCCUUUAACUCCCCUGCCUCACCUGACAAGAGCGACCGGAGCUCAGGGACUUUUCGGGGUGGCUCUUGGGGUGAACAUCCACAAGGCCUCUUUGCACAAGGGAUUUCUUCCGGGAACCGACUCCGGCUUAAAACCUGCUGUCAUUUUCUGGGGGCAUAAAAAUUAUGCCUUCAUGGUGUUGCUUCUGCUUGAUGCCUUCCGUGUGGAUGGUUUUAGGAAACUCGUGAGUUGAAUUAAAAUUUUAUGAGAGAGA